UCGGAGUUAACCUAAAAUCAGGAAAUUCAAGGAAAAUAAUAGCAGACAAGCGGUUUCUGUUCUAGAAUCUUGUGAUCUGAGCCUACUUUGGAGGGAAUACUCUUCGUCAAAUUAGUUUCUUUAUGAAUUCACCAAAGUCCUAACACUAGAUGGAGGUCUAUGGAGGUGUUGGAUAACGAGGAAUUGUUAAACAAAAGAAAUGCGAAAAAACAUUUUGAAAUAUGUUUAAAUCUAUUAGAUAAAGAUGAAUUAUUAGAAGCUAUUACGGCAAUUGAAAAGGCUAUUAAUCUUCAGGCUAUUAAUCUUCAGCCAAGAAAUAAACUUUUUAUCGAAUUUUCUGAAUACUUGAAGGAGCUUCUAUUAUCAAGUAUGGAAGAUUCUUGUGAAAGUCCUAAAAUGAGGCCAUCUUCAAUUAAACAAGAAUCUUGUCAUCCUUUGAAGGAAAAUUACAUUCGUUCCCCAAGAAUUUCAAGUGAUAAAAAGUGUUCAAGAUGUUCAUCUAGUUGCAAGGAGAAACACAAUAUAUCUAGUUCUGAGACAGAAAAUCCAGAACAAUUUGAAUCUCUUUUCAAUGAUAUUGACAAAGAAGAAGAGUUGCAGAAUGGCAACAGUGACUGUGAAAAACCACAUUGGUUUCCUAAUCCUGCAAAGUAUAAUGUGGAAGGAUUUAAUAUUGAUGCUAGGUUUCUUGAAGAAGUGUGUAAGCAAAGAGAAAAUGCAGAUGGUUGGGAUACUUACAUGAAACUUCUAAGUGAUGUAAGCCAAGAUGAUGAGAAUACUAGUGAUGGAAGUGACGAUAAUGAUGAUGUUAAUGUCCAGAACAUUGGAAGCAUUAAUGAAUGCUCUGCUGAUGACACCCAUCAUUCAUGUGAAACCAUUUCUUCAUCAAAAACCUGUGAAAUAGAUGAAGAAAAGAAGUCAAGAAUUGAACCUAAUUCCUCUUGUAAGGAGAAUAGUAAAACAACGAAAAGUUCUGAAAAUUUUUCUUCACAUUCGAAGAGCAGAAAGGAAGCUUCAGAAAAUGAUGAUAAAGAAAGGUUAUAUUUCAUGAAUGGAAAAGGAUUAUAUGGAAUUCCUCCUUCUGCUGCAGCUGAUACCAUGAGUGACGAGCCAACGAAGAGCAAACCAACCAGCAGCAAACCAAAGAUGGACCCUUCAGAAAAUGACUUUUAUAAAAAUCUAAGAUUUUACUUUAAUGUUUAUGACUCCAAGUCUGAGUUUAUGAAUAGAAAUAAGGAAGCUGCUUCGAAAGAAACAAGCUCAACAAAGCAACACUUCACUUCUGAUGCAAGUGAAAAACCAUCGUCUGCCAAAGAUGAAGAGGAUAAGUUUCCUUCAAAGAAGAUUCCAUCAUCUGAAUCAGACAGGAGUACACCUCUGAUGACUGAAGAGARGCACGAUACAGGAAGCAGCAACACUCACAAGUCAAAAACGAUGUUUGAUCAACACCAAGAGAAAGUUACUGAAAAGGCUGAAAUACCUAAAAGGGGAAAUUCCUCUGAUACUAGGAAAGGCAAGAAAGGAAACAAGAAUAGCRUUGCAUCGGAAGUUAACAGCAGUGGCCGACAGACAACCACUAGAACAAAGCUCAGUAAGAAACAAAAACACAAUGUUUCUGAAAAAAACAAAGAAAACAAGCAAACUGCUGGAAAUGAGAAAACAACCAGAAUGACGAAAGAAGAAAAGGUUAAAAAGAAGAUACCCAACCACAGUGAGACUAGUGAAGUAAAGGAAUGGAAUGGGCUGCAGACAGGUAAAAAGUGUUGUGUUGCUCUCCUGUGGAUGGUUUACUAUGCUGUCAUAAUCCUAUUGAUUGCACUGUUAUUUGCCCUCAAGUGCUUGUUCUCCAUCAUCAAGUUUCUCAUGGAAAUAAUAAUGUCUUGGAGAAUCUCCAUUAUAGUGCUGAACAAGUUAUCUCUCCUGAAAGGAAAGUUGUUUGCAAUGUUCAUAGUCUUGCUAGUGUGGUUUAUUGGGUCAUACUAUUCAUGUAAAGCAAGGUGCAUCAGAUGGUACUAUGGAAUAAGGACUUUGGGUGUGAAAAGAUUCUUUUUUGGUUCUGGAAGACCUGCACAAACGUACAAUCUACCAAAUUCAGGUGAAGAUGCCAUACAACAGCUGUUACUGAAAAGAAAUAGUGAUCCAUACAGUAUCCUGGGUGUUCCAAAUGAUGCGAGUAACGAUGACAUAAGAAAGCAGUAUAGGAAACUAGCAGUUUUUGUGCACCCAGACAAGAAUUCACAUCUCCAUGCUCCAGACGCCUUUCGUGUUUUAAGUGGUGCUUAUGAUAUCAUUGGUGACCCGGAAAAGCGUCUUGAAUUUGACAGAGAGGUUGCAAGAAGAGAAGCUUUCCAGGGUUCCAGAAGCCAUAAUCCUCCAAGAGAUUUUUCAGAUCCAAGAGAAGUUUUUGCUGAAUUCAUAAGACAGAUGGAAGAAAUACGAGAAAGCCUGUCAUGUGAUGUAUGUAAAGAUAGACAUCGUAGAAUACYGACAGAUAGAGAUGUCAUUUAUGCCCGACGCUGUUACCAUUGCAACAGGAUGCACCCARCAAAAGAGGGCGAUUUCUGGAAAGAAUCCACUUAUUUAGGGUUUGGAAGAUCCAAAUUUUACGCUUGUAUGGAAGGAAGAAUCUAUGAUAUUACUGAAUGGGGCCACUGUCAGGAACGGAAUGGCUUUUCUCUUCCUCCURAUACACACAAAGUCUUGGGUAGGAUCAGCACAAGAUCCAGGCAUCAUACCCCUCCUACAUCCAGAUUUGAGGAGGAGUUUUGGCGUGACUUAUUUGGACAACCUGAUCGAUACGAUGGAAACCAUGGCAACCAUGGCAACCAUGGCAACCAUGGCAAUAAGGGAAACAGACAGCAGCGCCAGCGAAGAAAAAAGAGGAGAUAAGCAUUCAGCGGUAAUUCUCAACGUGCCAGGCUCGAGAUAUAGACAGUAGUUGGUUGGUAAACAUAGAUUCAUUCAACUUAAGGUAGAUAAGCCAAAAUUAUUUUUGAUUGAAAGAGUUUUUCACUGAUAUUACAAUCGAAAAUAAACUAGCAAAAUGCUAAAAUUUCAUGUGUA